AUGUUCCCGCAAUUAAGAACGGGAAUUCACAUCUUAACCACCUAUAUUACUGUUGAAAAACUGCGCAGUGUGUACAAUGGCAGUAUGGAGCAUUUGGAUGUCUUUGCUGGGGGUAUGGCGGAAACCGGCAGAUUUGGCCCUGGACCACUAUUCCGUGAAAUUCUUCUUGACCAGUUUCUCCGUAUCAGAGAUGCAGACAGAUACUGGUUUGAGAAUAAACAAAACGGGCUGUUCACAGAUGAUGAGAUUGCCUUCAUAAAGAGCAUUAAGUUUGCUGACAUCAUCACCAAUGUGACAAAUAUUCAGCCAGAUUGGUUGCAAAGAGAUGUUUUCUUAUGGCAACAAGGGGACCCUUGCCCCCAAGAGAAGCAGCUGGUGACAGAGGAUAUGGAGCCAUGUACAGAUCUCCAGGGCUGGGACUACUUUGCUGGCAGUGAGCUCUGGUUUAUAGGGAGUCUUGUGGUACUGGGACUGGUGCCAUUCUUCUGCAUCUUGGUGGCCUACCUCAUAUACAGAGUGAAGAAGUUUAGGACAAAGAGAGUGAAGAGAACUCUGCACAUGGACAAGUUACGGUCCAUGGUGAGAGCCAAUGCUGGAAACAUAGCAGCUACUGAGUGGACAGAUCCUAAAGACCUUCCUCGUAGCAUUGAGCUACAUUUCGAUGACAUGACAUGUGGACUGCUAGUCUUAACAGCUAGUGGGACGAAAAUACGCCAUUUAGACUUCUCAAUGUCUGAAGAAGUUAACGUCUGGCUCAGCAUGAACCGUGGGAAAGAAACAAUGCUUAUUCAAAUCCCUAAUGAAUAUGAUCUGGUUGUGAUGUUCGAGGAUGAAGAAGACAGAAUGGAAUUCCUGAGAAAAUUUAAAAGCUACCUGAAUGACUUCAAUAAGAAUUUACAGUUUUUUCAUGACAAGCAGCAGAAUAUACUAGAAAAUGCAGUCACUAAGAGGAAGAGGCAGCAGUUACUGGAGCGUUUCUUUAAGACUGUCUUUGCAGAG